GCGGGUGUUAGGGCGGGUCCGGGCCGCGCGCCGGGAUGGGGCUGGGGCUGCGGCUGCUGUGCGCGGGGCUGCUGUUAGCGGGGCUGCCGGCGGAGCUGGGCGCGCAGGGCGCCCCGGAUGCGGCAGCGGUGCCCCGCGGUGGGGGCGGCGCCGGGCCGGGCGGCGAGUACGGGGUGAAGCUGUGCGGCCGGGAGUUCAUCCGCGCCGUGAUCUUCACCUGCGGCGGGUCCCGCUGGAAGCGCUUGGCCCUGCAGGCGGAGGAGCCGCUGCCUGGCGCUGAUUCUUCUCAAGCCACCAGUAACAAAGAACUGGAGAACUUGAAGUUGCAGUCAUUCUUAGGUCCUGGAUUGGAGCAGCUGCAAAGAGCCAGUGUACCGCUUGGACAGCUGAUAUUGAAGGAUUUGUUUAGUUUAUAUGAUUAUAAUGAGUAUGUACCCAUGUCAGAUGACUUCAGUGAAUAUGUUCGCCAGGUUGAGGAUGCUGCCUGGAAGAACAGAGGUGGAACAGGGAUUGCCAAUCCCAUGAGGUCAAACAGUUUUCCUUGGGCCAAGUAUCCCAGAAGAAAACGAGACUUCUCAAUGGGGGUAGCAGGAGUGUGCUGCAAAUGGGGCUGUACCAAAGCUGAGAUCAGUACACUAUGCUGAGAUUAAAAUUGUGUUUCUGUAUUUAUUUUAGACAUACGAACUCAAUGUUAGUUGCAGUGAUGCCUGAUCAAGUACUGCAUGUAGGGAGCAAAACAGUCUCAAUAACAUGGCAAUUUUGUCUGCAAGCAGCUGUAUGUUACUGUUUUUUCUCUAAAAACUCAAACUUAUGGUAAUCAGAACUUUGUUUUGCUGCAGUAACCUUUGCUCUAACUGUGUUAGUAAACCUUUACUUUCUGUGUUUUAAGGCUUUGUCUUUAAAAUUAUAAGAAGACUUUCACACCACCUCUUUGUAACACUUCAGGGAGAAACCUCAAUGGUAAUUAAAGUAUGUUACACUA